AUGAAAAUCAUCUCAUUUCUCCACGUCCCAUUUGCCGUUCGAAGCGGAGGCCAUUCUCCCAAUCCUUACUUUGCAAGUAUCGGCUCCAACGGAAUCUUGAUCUCGACCACAAAUUUGAAUUCCAUCACUGUCAGCUCAGAUAAUUCAAUAGCUAGUAUCGGCCCGGGACUACGAUGUGGCGCGGUGUAUAAAGCACUUGAUCCAUACGGCGUAUCGGUGAUCGGUGGUAGGAUCCCUCAGGUUGGCGUGGGUGGGUUGAUUUUGGGUGGUAUGUGUCAAAAACUCGCGGCUGAUAAUGUGAAGAGUUUCGAGGUCGUGCUCGCGAGUGGUGAAAUCGUGAAUGCGAAUGCAGCAAUCAACUCGGAUCUUUUCUGGGCAUUGAAAGGUGGUGGACCUAAUUUCGUAUACUCUGAACCUGCCACUUACCCCGAUGCUUUCGCUCCUUUUGCCGCAAUUCCCAAUGGUAUUGUCAGCGUUCCACCUAUGAACGCAACUGUGACUCUCCUCAGUAGCAUUCUCUUCAGUGCAUUUGUACUACCUCUUCAUGUGUACCGCUCAGCGGCUAGCUUGAUAGACGAGACACUUUACAAUGAAACGUCAAGCUAUUUUCUGGAUACGAUCAAUGGUCUUCAAGCCGAUGGAGUAGACGUUAACAUGACUUUUACUCUCCAAACAAUCCCACCAUCGCUCGUCGCAGCAGGCGAGGCACGAAGGGGGAAACCCAAUGGGUAUCCCAUCUGA